CAUACUUUCCAAAGCUCCCAUCCAUGAAUAUCCCUGACGAAGAGAUCUACAACCCGUGCCCGCGUCCGAAUCCCGCAAAAAGUGUGAGUAGUGUUGCCACAGGUUGCGAAGACCUUCCGAAGUGUUCCACGGACAAGACGCUUCCUGAAGAAUACCGCUUCAAUGUCCGACGUUGGAGGCUUGAGCCUGGAUACAUCAAACCCCGGGAAUUAUUCUACGGAUUUGGUGUUGAUAUACAAGAUUUUAUUGACUACCACCAGAGGCAUCAACUUCCUCGACCACAUUAGUGUCACAGAGCUGGAGGACGAUGAAGAGGAAGAUGUUAUUCGGAUUAUCAAGGAAAGAUUCGG